AUGGUUUCGAAAACCACGCGAGCUGCUACUGCAGCCGCGGAAAGUGCCUCUUACAACUCAGCAGCAGGUGAUUCGUCGCCAGUUGUUUUGAAUCCUCCACUUGAGCUCAUCUAUUCUGGCGAGUCGGACGAUGUAUCCAACUCGGAGGCGACAACUCACGCUUCCGGAUCACCCGGGGCGGACUCUGCAAGAGCCAGGUUGACUGGCUCUGGUGAACGUGGCGGUAUCAUGACCGAGAUCUUCGGAUCGAGUGAUUAUUCCGACGAAUCCUCGCCUCACGUAAGUCCAUCCAACGAUAUGACGCGUGGGGAUGGUAGUGAUGCACCUAUACAUCACCAAGAGCGAAGUAAUUCGACAGAUCGGGGUAACACCGGUGUCAGUGCUCAUGCUGGCACCAAUCGAGAGGCCAGGUACCGAAAUGUCCUGCGGCACGCUCCUCAAGUGGAGUCUCCAUGGAUGCCGUCAUCCAGAGAGUUGGACCGGUUGGCCGGCAUGACUACCGAUUGA